AUGCUCAAAGCCUGUAAUAUUCUAACUCCCGACAACCUCCCGGAGGGAGUUGAAAAAUUCAACUUCGUGUACAGAAAACUCUGCAAGCUUGAUAAAAUCGUCCGCAAACUUAAACAAAAGCCAAGUUCAGACCGAGCUAUAAUUAUCAAACAUCUAAAAGAUAAUGUCAUUUCUGAACUGAAAACGAACAUCCAUGCAGCGCGAGCCGACAUCAGUGAAAAGGAGAAAAAACAGAAGGUGGUGAAAUCUGUCAAGAUGAAUAUGUCUGAUAUUCCAUCUGUCGAUUUGAGCUUCGAAGCCCUCAUGUCAGAAGUCGGAUCCCAGGUUGGAUACACACAUACCAAAUAUACUAGUCGUAUUAUGGACUUGUUGCAAUUGAUAAGAAAUCUUAAAGAUGUCCCGAACAGCUCAUAUCAUCAAAAUCGUGCCAGUUGCCAAAAUAAAGUCAAGGAGUUAAGGCAAGAAAUCUUUAGUCACGAAAAAUUAUUGAACCACGAGAAAGAAAAUCUUGAGGAAGAGAUUAGAUUGGGAUCUAAGAAGGAUUGGGAAAUAAAGUCGGGGCAAAUUGGAGUCCCUCUGAACGGAAGAGAUCAUCAAUAUAUUAAGAAUUUUCUGGAGGGUGCUCUGCAAAAGAAAUCCGAGGAAUUUGAAGGUCUGGGAAUGAUCAAAGUGUGGAGCCUGAUCACAGAUAGGGAAUAUCUGGAUAUGUUGAUCGAGCGCUUAGAACCAGGCCACGGUAUGUUUACAUUCAGGAUUAAUCCAGUCAUAAAUGAGUGCUACAGAGGCGUUGCUGGCGAUUGA